GUUGUCAUCCAGUGGGAGGGAAGUAUAACUAUAUUGCGGCGCCGGCCGACUUCCUUUUCCGGCUACCGCUGGAGCGAGAAAGAAGACCGCAGCCAUGUCUCUCGUGAUCCCAGAGAAGUUCCAGCACAUCCUCCGAGUCCUCAACACCAACAUCGACGGGCGGCGGAAGAUCGCCUUCGCCAUCACCGCCAUCAAGGGGGUGGGCAGGCGUUACGCCCACGUGGUGCUGAGGAAAGCCGACAUCGACCUGACCAAGAGAGCCGGGGAGCUCACUGAAGAUGAGGUGGAGCGUGUCAUCACCAUCAUGCAGAAUCCCCGACAGUACAAGAUCCCCGACUGGUUCCUCAACCGGCAGAAGGACGUCAAGGACGGGAAGUACAGCCAGGUCUUGGCCAACGGGCUGGAUAACAAACUGCGCGAGGACUUGGAGCGCCUGAAGAAGAUCCGGGCCCACCGCGGCCUGCGUCACUUCUGGGGCCUGCGGGUCAGGGGUCAGCACACCAAGACCACCGGCCGCCGCGGCAGAACCGUCGGCGUCUCCAAGAAGAAGUAAAAAACCAAAAAUCUUUCUGUACGAGUAAAAAGAGUGGCAUUCUCA